AUGCGCCGUGCCGCGGCGCUCGGCCACCCCGAGGCCGCUGACAGCGCCGCGGCCGGCAGGCAUGUCGCCGCUGCCGAUGCCACCGCCGCCGGACGCGCCGACGUGGCCGCGAGGACGACGCCUGCCGCGCCAUCACCGCUGUCACUGCACCCUGUCACGCUCGCCUUUGGAGACGCCCGCCUAGAUGCGGCGUACGCCCGGCACCAGGAGGAGUCCCUGAUCGCAACGGACAAGUCCUCCCACGCGUUCCACAUCGCGGUGUCUGUGCUGCACACAGGCUACGCCGCCUACAGCGCGACCGGCAGCCUCCUCUCGCCCGCCGCGGCGGCGCUGAUGCUGCCCUACAUCCUGAUCGCGCUCGCGCACUGGCGCCUCAGCCGCACGGCCGCGUACGCGCGCCACCGGCUGGCGCUGCUGCUCGUGCUGGAGGCGGCGUACGCGGCGGUGUGCACGUAUUCGAUGCCGCGGUGGGUGCUGGUGCCGGCCACCAACUGGAAGCACUACGUCAGGGACUUCACCCUCGGCAGUGGCGUCCUCAUAUCCGCAUGGUGGGUCGAGCGGCCAGCAGCACCUGGGACGGGCGCUGGGCGCGAGGUCGACGUGGUCACCAUAUUCUGCCUCAAGCCCACGUUCUGGCUCCAUUACAUAACCAUCCCGCUGGAGCACCUGCUGCAGGCCGCCGUGCUCACGCCCCCGGUAUGCGACGCGCUGACCGCCACGCCCUACGGCGCCGCCGUCACCGCGCGCGCCGCCGCCGUGCUCGACGCGGCCGCGGCGGCCGGCGCGCUAGCCUCGCCGGCGUGCCCGCCGCGCGGCGGGCCCGGCGCUGCGCCCGGGGAGGCGAGGGACGUGUGUGUGCAGAUGCUGUUGGCGUGGCAGGUGAUGUGGUGCGCCAGCCUGGUCUACGGCAAGUUCCGCCUCGAGCGCGCCGCACGGCUCAAGUACGCGGCCUCGCAGGGCUGGGGCCCGAUGAGGGACGCCUGGCCGCCCGCGCCGCCGCUGGUGCAGGUGCUCGUGCAUCUGGCCGUGUACACGCACGUGCUGUCGGCGCUAUGGGCGUGGCUCGGCUGCGCGCCGGGCGGGACGGGCGGCGCCGCCGUCGCGGUGCCGGCGCUGCCGACAGCGGCAGCGUGA